CUCGCAAUUGCACAGAAUCAAACCCCUUCAAACACACACACACACACACAAUAAAGUUGAUGCAGUGAGAGUACACACACACACAAACACACAUAUUCACACACACACACGUAUUCACGUUCGAUCGAGCCCUAAUUCUCUCGAUCGUUCCACAAAUCACCGUGCAUUAACCUCUUCACGUGUUGUUUCAUUCGAUUUCGUCUUGAAUUCGUCGAAUUCGCUUCGUAAUUUUGUAAAUAGGAGGUUCGAAAACCUAAUUCAUGGAGAUGUACGGACGUAGUACGGGUCGGGUCGGGUCGCAGGGUCCGGAGCAUGUCCAGCAACCGGAGUGGAUUCAACCGGGUCAAGAUACCGGGCUUGAAGAAUCGAUGAGGCGGUUGGGGCUGUGGGGAGUGAGAGGUGGAGAGUUUUAUCCCGAGCGACCGGGAAUGGCGGAUUGUGCGUAUUAUAUGAGAACUGGGACUUGUGGAUAUGGUAGCAAGUGCAGAUAUAAUCACCCUCCGGAUCGCAGUAGCUCCGCUGGAGGGGCUGCAAGAAACGCAGGAGUGGGAGCUUACCCAGAGCGACCGGGAGAACCUCCUUGCCAGUAUUAUUUAAGAACAGGCACUUGUAAGUUUGGUGCAUCUUGUAAGUUUCACCAUCCUAGACACGCGGGUGGAUCUUUGAGUAACGUGCCGCUAAAUAUUUACGGAUAUCCAUUACGACCGGAAGAGAAGGAAUGCUCCUACUAUUUGAAAACGGGGCAGUGCAAAUUUGGUAUAGCUUGUAAAUUCCACCAUCCUCAACCGACUGGCGAAUCAAUGCCGCCAGCAGCAUCUGCACGUCCAUUUUAUUCAACAGUGCAGUCUCCGUCACCUGAACAAUACGCCGCCGGUCCAUCAGCCGCAGGCUAUAGGGUUGCGAGGCCACCAUUAGUACCUGGUUCAUACCCGCCCGGUGCUUAUGGUCCUAUAUUACUUUCACCCGGCAUGGUUCCGUUACCGAAUUGGAGUCCUUACUCGGGACGUGUGAGCCCGGUUCUGUCUCCGGGUGCUCAAACAUCUGUAUAUGGAGUGAAUACGUCGGGGCCGCCUUUUGCAGCACAAUAUCGUCCCUUGACACCAUCUCCUGGCCCGAUAAGCAGUGGUCAAACUGAAAAAGUAUUUCCGGAAAGACCCGGUCAACCUGAAUGUCAAUACUACAUGAAAACUGGUGAUUGUAAGUUUGGGGCCUCAUGUAAGUUUCAUCAUCCGCCAGAUUGGGCUAUAUCGAAGGAUAAUUGUGUGCUCAGCCCCCUUGGUUUUCCUCUGCGUCCGGGGGUGGAGCCGUGUAGUUUCUACAUGCAAAACGGACAUUGCAAGUUCGGGCGCACAUGCAAGUUUGACCAUCCGCUUCCAGGUCCAGUCAGCUACGGACCAUCCGACAUACCAAUCGCACCAUACAUGACCAUGGCUUCUUCGACUUCAUUCUCCGAAAGGUCCCAAAUGGAUCCUCAUUCAAGUAGUUCAGUUGGUUUGAUGUUUCCUCAGGGUCAAACGAGUUCCUCAGGGGAAGUGCAGCUGUCGGGUCAAAGUCAAAGUUCACCGCAAACAAGGUAGUUGAAGAUGUUGAUUUAGAUUCUAAAUCUGACCCGGGGUUCCACGUGCGGCUGCAUUUUUCAGGUGUUAUAUAGUAAGAUAAAUAUAUAUAUUUAUAUAUGAAGUGUGUUGUAUGAAGUAUCGUGUCACGUUUGAAAAGCGCUAUUUAUAUUUAAUAUUUAUAUUUAUAUUUAUGUAUAGCAAAUAUUUAUGCUACUACUGAGGCUGUGUAACUUGAAAUUUAUGACACUGUUGCUUGCAUUCUGUCUGAUCUGGGAAUAAAAGGAUGAGCCACAAGGCUUCUAACCUC